UAUUUGCCUUUUCGCCGGGCGAUAAAGCACGUUGAACAGUGCCAACACUACGUCUGCGACACUGUCUUACAUCAUGAAUCGAAUUGUGACAUGUCCCCUACGUGGGGCUUGCACGUUCUCCAGAACAUUCUCAACCAUACCGAGAAAGUCUAACAUUAGUAGACAAAGAAAAGUACAGCUAUGCCUGCUUCCUAGUAGGUGGAUGUCAAGUUCUCCAGGACCACUUAAAAACAUAUCCGAAAAAACUGUUAAUAUAGCUGCUGUUGGUGUGGUCAUAGGUUUCACAGCAUUUGGGGUUUUCUACACGCGAAGAACGUUGGAAAGUUCCAAACCUACUAAAACCAGUAAAGAGUCUAAACCACCUGUGGAACCUAAAAAACCUGAAAAACCAGUGCCACCACCUUUCUUACCAGACCAUGCUCAGUAUCUCAUCAUUGGGGCUGGCACCACUGCCUUUACUGCCUAUCAGGAAAUCAAGGCUAGAGACCCUAAGGCCAAGGUUUGGCUCAUUGGAAAGGAAAAGCAUAUACCAUAUAGUCGUCCAUACCUGUCAAAAUACUUAUGGUACCUUGCACCAGAGAAGAUGAGUAAGUGGAUGGAAUCAGAGCACCCUGUUGGAUCACGGAGUAUUUACUACGAGUCUGACAGUUACUACUUCUCCGCUGAGGAGCUUUUGGAAAAUGAAAAUGGAGGUGUUUGUGUUCUAGGUGGCCAAAAUGUAACAAAACUAGAUGCAGAUAAAAGAAAGGUGUAUCUGGAAUGUGGAAAAGAAAUCGGCUUUGACAAAUGUCUUAUUGCUACAGGUGGAAAACCAAGAAAUCUUCCCAUAUUCAAAGAAGCAUCAAAACAGGUUCAGGAUCGAGUGACAUUAUUCCGAUCGGUGGAUGACUUCAAAAAGCUGUAUGAUCUAAGCUCAUCAGCCAAGUCAUUUGUGGUUAUAGGGGGAGGAUUUCUAGGGAGUGAGCUGGCAGUUUCUCUUCAGAACAGAGCCACCCAGGAUGCAACUGGCGCAACUGUAACACAAGUUUUCCCAGAGAAAGGCAACCUUGGAUUAGUGCUACCAGAGCAGCUGAGUAAAUGGUUGACCUCACAUGUCACGUCAGAAGGAGUGACGGUAUUGACCGAGAGGAUGGUUUGCUCAGUGGGGUUUGAGAACAACCAAGUUGUACUCAACCUAAGCGACAAUACUCAGUUAAAGGCAGAUCAGGUGGUGGUAGCGGUAGGACUUGAGCCGAGCGUGGACCUAGCAGCAACAGCUGGUUUGGAGGUAGACAGCAAUCUUGGUGGUUUCCUGGUCAACUCCGAGCUGGAGGCAAGAACUAAUGUCUGGGUGGCUGGAGAUGCUGCCUGUUUCUAUGACAGACGGCUAGGUCGUCGCCGGAUAGAACAUUACGACAAUGCUGAGCAGAGCGGCCGCACAGCUGGACAGAAUAUGACAGGAGGAGGUCUGUCUUACACAUAUCAGUCUACAUUCUGGUCUGACAUUGGGGAUAUGUUUAUGGAGGCAGUGGGCCUUGUGGACUCAAAACUGGAAAGUACCACCUUUAGUGAACUCAUCAAAGACGUAGAAGAUGGUGAUAACAGGAAGGUGGUGUUCUACAGAAAAGGCGAAGAUGUUGUUGGAAUCCUUACCAUGAACAUCAAGCGUAAAGCUGAAUUAGGACGCAGGUACAUUGAUUCUGGUCUCAAAGAAAAGGACUUGCAGGAAGUUGCAAAGCAGUUUUUUGCCAAAGAAAAGGAGAAAAGUGAAAAAGACAGUGAAGACAACAGCAAAAACAAAACGGACACAGUCUCAUCUUAAAAGGGAACACCGUGGUGAAGAUUACAUAUAAAGGAUAUUGUACCGUUUCUUCUACACAGAGUCAAAAUCACAGUUGACACAUCAUUAGACUGUCUGAUGAACUCAGAUCAUUUAUACUGUGAUGCCAUCAUCCAACAAAUAAAUGGACACAUAUGCAGGAUAUUUUUCAGGAAUAAAAAUUAAUUUUAUAUGUGGAAAUGUGGAAAUGUGGUGAUAUUUACUUAAUAUAUGAGGUUUUGUGAGAAGAAUAAGUCUAUUGUACCACCUUACAUGGGUGGCAUGUAUGUAGUUUCCAAGUGUGGUUCAACCUCUCCACUCCAUUUCCUGUUAAGAACAUUUACUUGAAGAAAUAACUUGUUUCUGAUGUGUGUAUAUAAGAAAUAAACUAUUAAAUAUGGUUUGGAGACAAACUGUCUGAUGAUUAUGAUGACCUAAUUAUCAGAAGAUGACAUUCUCACUGUUGAAAUGAUGCAGUCUAGCUCAGGAUCAUGUAUAGAGAGGUGAUUUUGUCUCUCCAUGGAAUCAAAUAAAUGAUCUACUUUUUGUCGUUCUCAGUGUUAUGAAGUGUUUGUGACUUUUAAAAUUCUACUAAAUUAUAUCACAAUUAGUUGUACAUGAUAGACUAUGCAUGUACAAUAUUGACCUGGAAUAUUUUUAAUAAGUGAAGUUUUUCUUAACAGUAGUAUAGUACAAAUAUCUAUAUUCAGCUGAACAUUUCAGAAAACAUUUUUGUUAGAUAUAUAUAUUCAGGGGUAACUUAUCGCAAAAUAGGUUUUCAUUACUGAUUCUGUUAGUCAUUUGUAUUGUUUACAGUAAAAAAAAAGGAGUGUACUACGUAUAAACCUCAGCACGAGGAUAUCUUACCAGGAACUGAAGCAAUAUCAAAAUGUUGAUCAUUUCUAUGGUUGUACAAUGUUAAUUUUAAACCAGCUUCAACAUGGUUGAUAUCUAUUUAUUGAUCUGUUUUAUACUUAUUACCAUCAUGAAGAAUGAAAAUUAGCCAAAUUAAUUCACAGCAAGUUUACUAUUAAGAUUGGAGAUCGAUUAAUCUGGAGUGAGGGAGUGAUAUUAAUUGUAAAGCUGUUAUAUUGGAUAUUUGUAUAUUGUGCGUCAAUACAUGCAAAAUAAAUCUAUAUUUUUGAACAGUA